AUGUUAGGUAUUCUAUUUUCUCUUUUUCUCUCACAUGAAAUGAAAUUGACAUUCAUUCAUCUGACAGAAUCAACUUUCAAGCGACAAGUUUUGAAUAGACCAAAGCAUCAAGUCUGGAUGGUCAUGUUUUAUAGAGCUGAUGAUUCAGCAUGCAAACAUGUUACUGACAAAUUCUUGAACGCAAGUCAAAUCGCUGAAGGAGCGCUUAAGUUCGGUAUUGUUGAUCUUCAUAAGUAUCCAUCCUUCGCAGAAAAGUAUGAUAUUAAACAAGUUCCAAUGAUACGCAUCUUUCACUCAAACGGCGAUGUAGAGUACACAGGAAAGAGAGAUUCCAAAGGAUUUGUAAACACAGGACUUAAUUAUAUUCAAGAUAUAUCCCUUGUUGCUGAUGAAUCUUGGAUUGAUUCAUUCUUACAGACCCCGUCAGCUAUAUUUUUCACAGACGAUGUGAAAAUAAAAUCAAUAUGGAGCAGUAUUUCUACAUAUUUUCACGGAAAAUCAGUCAGAAUUGGAGUUUGCAGAGAUCAUGAUUUGGCUGAGAAGCUCGGAGUUACAGAUUUCCCAUCUAUUCACUUCUUCAAUGGUACUAACCGUGUUGAAUAUGAUGGAAAAAUCUCUUUCCCUGCUAUUAAAGACGAAAUUGAGAAGUUUUUCGCCAAAAAACUUGAAAACAUCGUUGUCAAUCCAAUGUCAAUCAUGAAUCCGUCAUCAUUUACAGAACAAUGUUACGGCGGAAAGACAAAUUGCGUUCUUGCAGUUGCAAAUCAGGUUACACCCGAAUUUGUCAGCAUACAAAAGCUCUACGCCCAACACAAACUGAAAUGGUUUGUCGGAAAAAGCAAAUUACCCCAUCAUUUCAUGGAAAAAAUGGGUGGAUUUUGGAUUUAUAACCCAAGAAAGGACGCAUACAUCCACGUAGACAAGAUCGGAGAUCUACAGCCAGCAUUGGAUAGAAUAAUGGAUGGAAUGGGAAAGUGGCAAAAAGCUGCUGCAUUUGAAAACAAAGAACUUUAA